ACCAUGUGUCUAAUCGUUUUCAUCCAUGGUGUUCCAGUUUAGAUUUUUGAAGUUUUAAGUGACACUGAUCAACAUAUCACACGCGAAAGUCCUUAUCUUUUCUCUCCAAAUUCAGAUUCUCUUAAUGGAUUUCAUGGAGAAGCUUAAAAUUUGGAAGAGAAAAACAGAGAAAGAAGGUGAAGGUCCACCCCUGUUAUGGUUCGAAACCUCUGUCUCUGUUUGUCGCCGCUUCCAGUUUGAACCCAAUUCCCAACUUUCCGUAAAGCUAGUUGGUGAUUCCAGACCAUUAUACCACAAGAUAGUUGAGUCUUUCCUCAAUAAAUUUUUCCCCUCAGGAUAUCCAUAUAGUGUGAAUGAAGGCUACCUCAGAUACACACAGUUUCGAGCACUGCAACACAUUGCCAGUGCGGCGCUAUCUGUGCUAUCAACUCAGUCACUGCUAUUUGCGGCAGGCUUGCGGCCUACUCCUGCACAAGCAACAGCUGUUAGUUGGAUUUUAAAGGAUGGUAUGGAACAUGUAGGGAAGCUAAUAUGUAGUAAUUUGGGUGCAAGAAUGGAUUCAGAGCCUAAACGUUGGAGAAUUUUAGCUGAUGUGCUCUAUGAUUUAGGCACUGGUUUGGAAGUGUUUUCUCCCUUAUGCCCACAGCUCUUUCUUCAAAUGGCAGGCCUAGGAAAUUUUGCCAAGGGAAUGGCAGUUGUGGCAGCAAGAGCUACAAGAUUACCUAUAUAUUCUUCAUUUGCUAAAGAAGGAAAUCUAAGUGAUCUAUUUGCCAAAGGGGAGGCUAUUUCAACUCUCUUUAAUGUUGUUGGGAUUGGAGUUGGAAUUCAAUUAGCGUCUACUAUAUGUACAUCAAUGCAAGGAAAGUUGAUUGUGGGGCCGCUACUUUCUAUUAUACACAUAUACUGCGUUUCUGAAGAAAUGAGAGCAACUCCUAUCAAUACCUUAAAUCCACAAAGAACUGCAAUGAUUGUGGCUGAUUUUCUCAAGACAGGAAAUGUAUCAAGUCCUGCUGAUCUAAGAUAUCAAGAAGAUUUGCUAUUUCCCCAGCGACUCGUAAAAGAUGCUGGAAAUGUAAGAGUGGGUAGGGCUUUGCACAAGGUUAUUAAGCCUUCAAGGUUUGUUGAACUAAAACAAGUACUCCCCGGGGAGAAGUUUCUUUUAAAUGGUGAAAAUGGAUGCAUUGACAUGGUAUUGGAGCAUGAUGCUAUUGGUGAAGAUGCUUUGAAAGGGUGGUUAGUUGCUGCAUAUGCUGUACAAAUUAAAAAGUCCUCUCCUGAGAUCAGUACCAGUGCACUGGUAAAGGCCUAUGAGAAAAUGAAUGAGGUCUUUCCUGUGUUUUUAAAAGAAUUACAGAGCAAAGGGUGGCAUACAGAUCGUUUUCUGGAUGGAACUGGGAGCCGCUUUGCGUUGUAGUGUUCAAACUAAUCAUAUAUUGGCUCUAGUAGGCCUUUAUUGAUUCUGAGAGAUAGGUGCAUUACUUAUGAUGGUUCAGAUUACUUAAGUUAAAUCUUAAUAUAGCAGUUUGUAUUUAAUUGCAUUGCUGUGGGGCGUGUCACACCCUUUGGCUUGGAUGUAAUAUAGGUCUUUCCAUAAAUGUGCAGAACAAAAUGAUGUAUAUGUUUUGAUGAUUGACAGAAUUUGAUAAAUAAUACCCUUGACAUACUUUGUGC